AUGAAGGUCGUGGGUGGAUACGUCCAAACAGCCGUGGACGCCGGGACACCGGGAGGAGCUCUCGACCGCAACGCAAUGACCAUCGGCGAAGCGCUGGAGGCGUCCGCUCUAUCUGCAGGAGACAAGCCAUUGGAGCAGAGCAACGCUGCCGCAAUACAAGAGGCCGAGGUAAGAGCCACUGGCUCCAACAAGACUGUGCCCGGAGGAGUCGCAUCUCUGGCUCAGUCUGCUGCGACGCGCAACGCCAGGACCGCGGCUGAUGAAGACAAGACCAAGCUCGCUGAUGUUUUGAUGGUAGUUAACGACGGAUUGGAGUUUGGCUCCUCAGUAGUAGAAUUUCACUUUGGCGUCUACAGAAAUAGCAUGAUACUUAAAAUUUUAUCUAUUCACAAAAUUGAUUAAUGGAAAGAUGGUGGAAAUGGCGGUGCCAUCGAUGCGGUAGUCUUGUCAAUAUGAUCAAACCUUUUCCUUCGCAGGUUGCGACGGACAUACUGCCCGAGGACAAGGCGGUGACGCAGGAGGACGCCGACAGGGUGACUGCAGCCUAGAUGAGGAACUAGAUCGAGAUGACGACCACUCCCGGAGGUGUGGCAGACUCCAUGGCAGCAGCCACCACACUUAACCGUAUCAAGUGAUCGACGGAUGGGCCGAAAAAGAACAAUGUGGUCGCGAGCUUUGUAAAUAGAAAGAACAGAUAUGUUUUUGGAGAGAGUGGUAGUCUUAUGUUUUAGCACCUGAUGCCUCAUGUAAGCCAUAGGAAAUACUGUUUAUACUU